AGAAGAGCGUCAUGGCCCCCAUGCUCGGUGGCCCCGACGUCCUUGCGAUGCACGAGUUACUCUUCCCUGCGGAUGACGCCAGGAUCCCCUCCGGGCUGUCAUCACCGCGCGAGAUGGACCGCUGGUGCCAGCAGCCACCCGAGUGCGAGACCAUCACUUGUCUGGGACAGCUCGGCACAACACGCGACGCCAUUGGAAGCUACCACAGGUGCACUGGGCGUCAGGUGAAGGGCGGCGCCGACCAGGCUGCAGUGACGUCGUGCAAUCAACUCGUGCCGGGUAUCGACCUCAACGACCUGGGCAACGACGUCAGCCGCGGGUGGUGGUGUGAGCAGAUCCAAAAGACUGCGGCGACUGAGGGCGAGGACUUCAAUUUGGGACCCGCUGGCUUGUGGUGCUGGCCAUGCCUUUAGUGGCCGGCAUCGGACAGCCAAGCGAUGCUUUUGUUGUUAACAAGCCGCCAGCAAACGCCUGCGGUUGGCAGCACCGUAGGCGGG